CAGCGCAACAAACCGCGGACUGAUGAUUUUAAGUAUGUUUGUUUCUGUGGGUCCAUUCAGCUCAAAAAACAGCUGCGAGAGAUCUGAAACUGACUGCAGUGAGGAAAAGGCUGCUGAAUGUGGUGGGAGGUGGAGGAGGAGCCUCACAGCAGACUCCCACCGCCAUCAUGCAGAAACCAGUCUGCAGCUCCCGACACGACUGUGGGGCUCCUGGCUUUGGCUGCAGAGGGAACAGAUGCAGCAGCAGACCUGCAAGUGACUCUGAGCGUCUCUUUGAACUUGAGGAAGAGAGAAGCUAACGAGCCAUUCAGAGAUGAAGGGAAAAACGAUUCUUCUGUUCAGCCUCAUCGUUGCAGCGUAUUCAUGUGGCGUCGCUGCUCAGGGAAGAGUGUGUGAAAAUGCCACCCUGGCCGACAUUGUCUUCCUAGUCGACGGCUCCGACAGCAUUGGUUCUGUUAGCUUUCGGGAAGUCCGAAAUUUCCUCUCCAACAUGACCAAAGCCCUUGACGUUGGCCCUAACAAAAUUCGGAUCGGCUUGGCACAGUACAGCAAUGAACCUCACAAGGAGUUCCUGCUGAAGGAUCACAUGGACAAAAAGUCCCUGCUGGAUGCAGUAGAAAAAUUCCCUUACAGAAAGGGACGCACAGAAACGGGCAAGGCCAUCAACUUCCUCCGUACACAGUACUUCACCAAAGAGGCAGGCAGCCGAGCCAACCAACGAGUUCCUCAGAUCGCUGUGGUCAUCACAGAUGGAGACUCUGCGGAUGAUGUUAUAGCACCUGCCCAACUCCUGAGGAAGCAUGGAGUCACAGUGUUCGCCAUUGGGGUGGGACGGGUCAACCUGAAGCAGCUCGAGUCCAUCGCUAACCAGCCUUCAAAGCAUUUCUUGUUCAAUAUCGACAGCUAUCAGACUCUGCAGCAGCUGACAGAGGGUCUGCUGCAGACGGUGUGCGUCUCCGUGGAGGAUCUGAAGGGGGCUCUGGAGGAGAAGUUUGCAGACAUUUUCUUCUUGGUUGACAGUGGCAUCGCGCCAGGACAGUUCUCUGAGUUUAAGGGCGAGCUCCAAAAAUUGAUCAAUCAACUAGAUGCUCGAGCGUCCACCUACCGUAUUGGUUUAGCUCAGUAUGGUCAACAGACCUCUGUUCAAUUCCAUCUCAAUACUUUCCAAACUAAACAGGAAACCCUGACUGGUGUCAAGGGUUUCCGCCUGCAACGACAACCCAACGAACCAAGUAACCUGGUCAGUGCUCUGGAGUACGCCAGGACUUCCUUUUUCACCAGUGAUAUGGGAGGCCGCGCACACAAAGGCUUCAAUCAGUUCCUGGUCGUUGUGCCUGCAAGAGACUCGGAUGAUCCUGUAUAUAUGGUGGCUAAUAAGAUCAAAUCAGAAGGAACAACACUUGCUAUAAUGAACUCAGGUCAAGCAGGUGCACCAGGCUUAAUUGCUAGCCAUGAAUAUGCAUUUGAUUCUGUCAGAGCAACUCUUUUAAUACCUUUAAUCAAGGCUGUGAAACAGGAGAACAUUACUGAAGAUUGCAAAGGAGCAAAUGUGGCAGACAUCGUGUUCAUCGUUGAUGAGUCUGGAAGCAUUGGACCCUCCAACUUCCAGCUGAUGCGUACUUUCCUGCACUCGACUGUGAGUGGCCUGGAUGUCAGUUCAGCUAGAGUUCGAGUAGGCAUUGUUACGUACAGCGACGGGCCCACAGCACAAUUCUAUCUUAACACGUUCAAUAACAAGUUCGACAUGCUGCGGUUCAUCAACAUGUUGCCUUACCGUAGAGGCGGUACAAACACUGGAGCGGCCCUCAACUUCACUUUGGAUGAAAUCUUUGUUGAGGAAAGGGGCCGCAGGAAGGGUGUCCAGCAGGUGGCCAUUGUGAUCACAGAUGGUAAAUCCCAGGAUGAUGUGAAGGAAGCAGCAAUCACUCUCCGGCGGGCUGGUGUCACCAUUUAUGCUGUCGGAAUUGAAAAUGCCACGGAGACUGAACUGAUAGAGAUGGCAUCUCACCCCCCUUACACAUAUGUUUUUAAUCUAGAGAGUUUCACCUUCCUGAAACCUCUGAAGCAGACCCUGCAGAAAACCCUGUGCAAUAACAUCAUCAAUCGAGCCAUCACAGACAGUACCAGCAAAACAGACAUCAAAGAAGCAUGUAUACAGAAGGAUGAAGCAGACUUCUUCUUCUUGAUUGACGACUCAGGAAGCAUUGAGCACCUAGACUUUGCUGACAUGAAGAAGUUCAUCAUUGAGUUUCUUCAGACCUUCCGUAUUGGGCCACACCAUGUCCGCAUGGGACUUGCAAAAUACGCAGAUUCACCAACUUUGGAAUUUGACCUGACAGCCCACUCAGAUUCUAUGAAAUUGGAGAAAGCUGUGAAAGCCAUUACACAUAUAGGAGGUGGAACAAAGACAGGAAGUGCACUGUCAUUCAUGGGACCCCUCUUUGAGAAAGCAAUGGUCACUCGUCCCAAUGUCCCGGAGUACCUGGUUGUCAUCACUGAUGGAAAGUCAGCAGAUAAAGUCAAAGAUCCUGCAGAAAAAUUGAGGGCACAGGGUGUUGUUAUAUAUGCUGUUGGGGUCAAAGAGGCCAACGAGACUGAGCUUCGACACAUUGCUGGCGACCCCAAGAGGACUUUUUUUGUUAAUAAUUUUGACGCCCUGAGGUCCAUCAACAAUAAUCUCAUCAGAGACAUCUGUGCUCCUGACGCCUGCAAAGACAUACUGGGUGAUGUCUUUUUCUUAGCUGACAGUUCUGCAAGCAUAUCCGCAAAAGACUACCAGACAAUGAAAGACUUUAUGAAAUCUGUCAUCAGCAAGUCUGCCAUUGGGCAGAAUGAGGUGCAUGUUGGUGCCAUGCAGUUCAGCACAAAACAAAAUCUGGAGUUCAGCCUCGACAGUUUUUACAACAAAGAUCAAAUAUUUAAAGCCAUUGAUGAUAUGGAACAGAUGAAUGAAGGCACGCUCACUGGACAGGCCAUCACGGAGGUGUCAAAGUAUUUCGAUGCAGCCAGAGGAGGGCGCCCUGAUUUGAGGCAGAAGCUGAUAGUGAUAACACAUGGUGAGGCCAAAGAUGAUGUUAUAGGCCCUGCUAUGGCUCUGAGAGCCAAGGGAGUAGUGGUCUAUGCCAUUGGAACGGUGGAGGCCAACACCACCCAGCUGGUAGAGAUCAGUGGUUCACUGGACAAGGUCAUUAAUGAGAGAAACUUUGAUGCACUGAAGGACUUGGACAGCCAGGUGGCCUUGAAGCUUUGUGAUCCAACAAGAGAGUGUAAGAAGACUGAAAGAGCUGACAUUAUUUUCCUUGUGGACGUUUCUACAACCAUCGACGCAACAGAAUUUGAAAGCAUGCAGAAGUUUAUGGAGUCAAUGGUGGAUCAGUCCACAGUGGGCAAGGACCUGACUCGCUUUGGGGUCAUUCUCUACUCCACCAACCCCAAGUCUCAUUUUACUUUGAAUCAGUAUGACUCCAAACAAGGUGUUCUUAAAGCAAUAGCUAGCAUGGUUCCAUCAGGAGGAGACACCUACACAGGCAAGGCCUUGAAAUACUCAUUACAGUUCUUUGACCCUGAACAUGGGGGCCGGAAAGCACUCAAGGUGCCGCAGAUUCUCAUGGUGAUCACAGACGGUGAUGCAACUGACCAUCACAACCUGCAGGAACCAUCUGAUGCUCUGCGAAACAGCGGGGUCACCGUCUUCAGUAUUGGAGUAAAAGACGCAAUCAGGGAUCAACUGGAGACCAUGGCUGGUGGCGACACAUCCAAAGUUUUCUAUGUGGACAAUUUUGAGGCCCUAGUACCUCUGUACAAGAAUAUUUCCUCUAUCCUCUGCAAUUACACUGAGCCAGCUUGCGAGAAAGAGAAGGCCGACCUGGUCUUUCUGCUCGACCAGUCUAGCAGUAUCUCUUUAGAAGAUUACUCUAUCAUGAAAAACUUCACGGCAGAACUAGUGAACGACUUUGACGUCAGUGAAGAUUUUGUGCAUGUUGGGCUUGCACAGUUCAGUGAUAAUCCUCAGCAUGGGUUUUACCUCAACAAGUACUCCAAUGUGGAGGAUGUGAUCACACAUAUCCUCAGUUUGGAAUACAGCGGUGGAAACACCUAUCUCGGACGAGCCUUAUAUUAUAUGAAACAGUACUUUGACUUGUCACAAGGCAGCCGCACUGGGCUCUCCAAGAAUCUGGUAUUGAUCACAGAUGGUGAUUCUCAUGAUGAUGUGGAGGAUGCAGCAAAUGAACUCAGGGCUGUGGGGGUUGAGAUGUUUGCCAUCGGUGUUGGAGACGUCCAUGAUCUGGAACUCUUGCAGAUCACUGGCACCCCGGAAAGGCUGUUCAAUGUGAAAAACUUCAAUGGCUUGGCAAAUAUUAAGAAAAAGUUCGCCAACACCAUCUGUGAAUCCAAGCCGCCCACUAACUGCAGCAUUGAUAUCGCCAUGGGAUUUGACAUUUCUCGAACCAGAGCUGCUGGUGAGAUGCUGGUCAGUGGCCACACCAAGCUCCAGACCUUCCUGCCAGAGAUCGCCCAUUAUGUUUCCUCGGUACAAGGCCUGUGCUGCACUGGCCCUCCCAUCAAAACCAACAUCGCCUACCGAGUAGCAGAUCGUAAUGGACGUCCUUUGUAUGACUUCAACUUUGAGGACUACAGUGAAGAAGUGGUGAGGGAAGUCAUGACGCUGUCUUUGACGGAGCCCACUUACUUCAACACUGCCCUGCUAAAAUCCUUUGGGGAGAAGUUCAAGGCCGAGUCCGAAGCUGGUGUGAAGGUGCUGGUGGUCUUCUCAGACGGACUUGAUGAGGACGUGAUGAAACUGGAACAGGAAUCCGAGCUGCUGCGAGAGUCUGGCGUCAGCGCUCUGCUGACGGUGGCUCUGGAGGGAGUGCGUGAUCCUGCCCAGCUGCAGAUGGUGGAGUUCGGUCGAGGAUUCGGCUACAAACUUCCUCUCAGCAUCGGCAUGCCGACCAUCGGCAGCACCGUCCUCAAACAGAUUAACACAGUGUCAGACAGGAAGUGCUGCGGCGUCAUGUGCAAAUGUUCGGGUCACGAAGGCGUCCGUGGCUCUCGGGGCCCCCUGGGGUCAAAGGGUCGUCCCGGACAGAAGGGUCAUCCAGGCUUCCUGGGAGAGGAGGGAGUCGUUGGUGAGCGAGGACCUCCUGGACCACGUGGACCCCAGGGUAUCCAGGGCUGUCCUGGAGCCAGAGGACAGAAGGGCUACCGCGGAGUCUCGGGCAACAGGGGUGAAGAUGGAGAAGACGGACUGGAAGGAAUCGAUGGGGAGCAGGGACUGAUUGGACCAGAUGGACAUCGCGGAGAAAGAGGACACCCAGGAAACCCAGGUAUCCCAGGCAUCAGAGGGGAGGCGGGGCCAAAAGGACAGCGAGGACUGAGAGGUGAUCCGGGUGAACCGGGUACUGAAAACAUCGUCCCAGGAGCCAAAGGCGACCCUGGGAAUCCAGGUUUACCGGGUGCAUCUGGGCGGGAUGGUCGGGCAGGUGAGAGUGGAAUCACUGGAAACCUGGGUCCGAUUGGAAGAAGAGGUUCUACUGGUGAGAAGGGUGCACCUGGAGGAUCGGGAGCUCGCGGACUCCCGGGCAGCCCCGGUGCACCUGGUGCACAGGGACGCCAAGGGCAAAAUGGCGCACGUGGACCAAAAGGAGUCUCUGGUUUUCCUGGACGCCAGGGUGAACCAGGACCAGCUGGAGACCCAGGAGCAGCCGGACGUCGGGGCGCUAAUGGGCAGAAGGGCCAACCAGGAGAUCCUGGUGUUAAAGGAGCUCGAGGAUCACAGGGACCACGAGGAAUGCCGGGUCAGGAUGGAAAAGACGGUUAUGGACCUCUUGGACCUGCAGGUGCCAAGGGAGAUCCUGGUUUUCCUGGUUAUCCUGGUUUACUUGGUGAAGAUGGCCAACAGGGAACCAAAGGAUAUCCAGGACGCAAAGGGAACCGAGGUCGAGGGGGGAGCUCAGGUGCGUCAGGAGAAUCAGGUGUGACUGGAAACCCAGGAUAUCCAGGACACAGAGGUCCCAGAGGUCCUCCUGGAUACAGAAAAAUGACUGAGUGUCAGUUGAUCACCUUCAUCAGAGACAACUGUGCAUGUUCCAAAGGUCCAUCAGAGUGCCCGGCCUUCCCCACCGAGCUGGUGUUUGGUCUGGACAUGUCCGAGGACGUGACCCCGGCGGCCUUUGAGAGGCAGCGCUCCGCCCUCCUCUCCCUGCUGGAGGACAUCACCAUCGCUGAGAGCAACUGUCCAACGGGCGCUCGCGUCGCUGUGGUGGGUUACAGCACAUACACCAAGUACCUGAUCCGCUUCCAGGACUACCGCCUCAAGAAAGAGCUGAUUGAAUCUGUGAAGAACAUCGCCUUGGAGAGGACGUCCAACCAACUGCAGCUGGGGGCCGCCAUGCGCUUCGUGGGUCAGAACGUCUUCAAGCGAGUCCGAGCAGGACUGAUGAUGAGGAAGGUAGCCGUUUUCUUCUCUGGUGGGCGGCCACAAGACACUUCUAACAUUGUUACCGCCGUGAUGGAGUACCGGGCCCUGAACAUCGUCCCGGCAGUCGUCUCUCUGCGUACCGCUCCAGUUGUUAAUCGAGCAUUGGAGGUCGACGACUCGGGAAACUCCAUCUUCACAGUGCUGGGCAGGGACAUGGCUGCGGACUUGAGGAAGGUCAGGAACUGUGCCAUCUGUUACGAUCCCUGCAAACGUUUGGAGCAGUGCGCCUUCAUCCAGGACGUCCCAAAGCCUCAGGAGGUUGACGUGGACCUGGUCAUGGUGGUGGACAGCUCCAGGGAGGUGCAGACUGAUGAGUACGCAGGUGUCCAGCAGCUGCUGGGCUCUGUGGUGGAACAACUGGCCGUGAGCCCACAGCCCCGCAGGGCCGGCAACCAGGCCCGGGUGGCCGUAGUCCAGCAGGGCGGCACCCAGGGUACCAAGCUGGAGUUUGGCCUGCAGAACUACCAGUCCCACGACCCGAUGAAGACGCACCUGAUCCAGAACAUGCGGCAGCAGGGCGGCUCCUCGGCGCUGGGACAGACGCUGGAGUUCGGUCUGAGGGAGGUGCUCCUGAAGGCCAGCCAGCCCCGCAGGAAGAGGGUGCUGCUGUCUGUGGUGGGCACCCAGACGGCCUACGAGGACCGAGCCAAGCUGCACUACAUCUCCCAGAAGGCCAAGUGUGAGGGGGUGGCGCUGUUUGUGGUGACGGUCGGCGAUCGCUACAACCGGACGCAGGUGGAGGAGCUGGCCAGUCUGCCCGUGCAGCAGCACCUGAUCCACGUGGGCAGACUGAAGGCCGACGAGCAGGGCUACGCCCAGCGCUUCUUCAGGGUCUUCCUCACUGCCUUCAACAAGGGAAUGAACACGUACCCUCCUAAUUCACUGAAGCAGACCUGCAGCCAGCUGACAGACCCAGGCCAAGCACCAUUGUUCAGAGACAGUCAGGGGUCUGCCAACCUCCGGGAAGAGGUCUUUCUGGAGCAGACGAGGCCAAAGACCGAGGUCGGACAGCUGGAUGUCGUGGACUCUUUGAUCAGAGGGGACGCUCAGAGUUCAGUCUCAGCAACUAAACUCAACGAUCCAGACAUCCUGCCGAGGCCACAGCUGAGCAGCUCUGCGUCCAAAGACGCCUGCUUCCUCAGCCAGGACGCCGGCCGCUGCUCCGACUACGCCGUCAAGUGGUUCUUUGACAGCAAUCAGAGGAAAUGCUCCCGCUUCUGGUACGGUGGCUGCGAAGGCAACGGCAACCGCUUUGAGACGAGGAAGGACUGUGAGAGACUCUGUCUGACCGAGAGUCUGUGAGGAGGACGAGCUGGUGAAGGAGGCGUCGGCUGAAGAAACGGUUGGAAACACUCAUCUGGGGACGAGAACUUUGUGCUGGUCGUUGAUUCCACCUCUCACCCGACACACAACAGGAACUUGAGCGUCUCUCAGGAUAUUCUUUGUUUUAAUGAUUUUUUAUUUCUGAUAUGUAAUACAGUUGAAAUGCUGGUCUCUACUUCAUUUCUGUAGCAACAAACUCAUUUUGUACUGGUUCAUUUUUGUACUAAAUUGUAAUUAAAAUCUGUAUUUCAGAUACCA